AUGAAAUCGUUAUAUCUCGCUUGUAAAGAUUCCCCAGCAGUCGCAAAGAUCCAUGCUUUGCUGAUAGUUUCCGGGUACAUUAAUACUGGGAAUUGUAAUACCCAACUCAUAGCCUCGUAUUCUAGAACUGGGGAUAUUGAACUUGCUCACAAGGUGUUUGAUAGAAUUCCUAAGAAACGGGUGGAUGCUUGGAACGCUAUGCUAAUCGCUUACUCUCGUAAAGAUAGUCCUGGUGAAGUAAUUAAUCUAUACCAUGAAUUGAAUUCUGAAGGAAUUAGACCUGACAGCUCCACUUUCACGGUGGCACUCAAGGCCUGCACAAGCAUGAUGAACUUGGAACUGGGAGAAGAGAUUAGAAAGCAAGCAAUCGAGUACGGGUAUGAACAUGAUGUGUUUGUAGGAUCUUCACUGUUGAAUCUCUACGCAAAGUGUGGGAAAAUGAAUGACGCACUUAAAGUGUUUGAGAAAAUGCCAAGAAGAGAUGUUGUUUCAUGGACUACGAUGAUAACAGGGUUUGCUCAAAGUGGGAGAGGCGAUGAAGCCAUAGAUAUAUAUCGUCUUAUGCAAAAGGAAGGCAUGAAAGGAGAUCGAAUUGUGAUUUUGGGUUUGAUUCAGGCUUGUGCCAAUGUUAACGAUACAAAAUUGGGUCUUUCUGUACAUGGCUAUUUAAUUAGAAGUCAUCUUCUUCCCAUGGAUGUAGUAAUUCAAACCAGUCUUGUAGACAUGCAUACAAAAACUGGAAACAUUGAGCUUGCAGCUCGAGUAUUCAAAUCAAUCCACUACAAGACUAUAGUUGCUUGGAGUGCCUUAAUUUCUGGUUAUGCUCAAAAUGGGUUUGCUAUUAACGCAUUUGAUUUAUUAGUAGAGAUGCAGAGCUUCGGAUUCAAACCAGAUACGACUUCCAUUGUUGGUAUACUCUUAGCUUCUUCUCAAAUCGGGUCUCUGAAACUUUCUAAAUCACUACAUGGAUAUGUGAUAAGAACGGUAGCUUUGAAUCAAAUUUUAGGCACAACUUUGAUCGAUACCUACUCAAAAUGUGGGUCCCUUCCUUACGCACGCAACGUGUUCGAUGAAAUUCCCCUUAAGGAUACAGUCAUGUGGAACACAAUGAUAGCUAGCUACGGGAGUCAUGGGCAUGGGAAUGAAGCUCUUUUAGUGUUCCAUAACAUGUUAGAAUCAAAAUCAAAACCAGAUCAUACCACUUUUGCUUCUCUUUUAUCAGCAUUAGGUCAUGCAGGUUUAGUAGAAGAAGGUAGAUUAUGGUUCAAGCUCAUGGUUCAUGAAUAUAACAUUAACCCAACCGAUAAACAUUAUGCUUGUAUGGCUGAUCUGUUGGCACGUGGUGGACACGUUGAGGAAGCUUAUAAUCUGAUUGGUUCAAUGAAAACUGAACCAGGGCUCCCUUUUUGGGUUGCCCUUUUGUCAGGAUGUCAUAACCAUGGUAAGUUUUCAAUUGGAGAAAUGGUAGCUAAAAGGAUCUUGGAGUUGAAUCCUGAUGAUAACUCAGGGAUUUAUGCUUUGAUAUCGAAUUUUUAUGCGAAAGCAAGGAAGUGGGAUGAAGUAGCUGAUGUAAGAAACAAAAUGAAAAGGAGUGGGAGAAAGAAAGUGCCUGGUAAUAGUGUUGUGGAAGUAAAUGGGAAGCUUCAUGUUUUUCUUAUGGAAGAUAAGAGCCAUUUUCAGUAUCAAGAAAUGUUGGAAAUCUUGAAAAUGCUGGAUUUUGAAAUGACUUCAACAGAUGUAACCACAACAACAAUACACACAUCCUAUGAAAAUGAGGUGAAGGGGGAGGUAAGGAUAAACAGGGAACUGUUGUGCGGAUAA